AUAAUGUUCCCUGCUUUUACAUCCAGUCUUAGAAGUAUGUUCAGUAGCCCUCAAUUCAAGGAGAAUGUAUCAUCAUUCCAGAAACUUCUUGCUGAAGGAGUUUUUGAUAAUUCAUUCUCUGGAGUGAAAGUUGACCAUCAUAGAACCUUGAAGAAACUUGUGUUGUACAAUUUAACAAAAUCGAAGUGGGUGGAACAAUAUAACCUACUUAAGGGAGGGAAAGGCAAAGAUUCUAUCAGUAAGUCUGAAGGAAGAGGACUCGUUGCUCGUUUGGAAAAUGUUCAAAGAUCACAAGAUGGACAACACCAAAAGUUUAUAGGAGCGAGGACUAUGAUGAAGAGCCCGAGAAGGGUGUUGAUGAAGUCAAUUUAUGACCACAAGGAUCUUAUAGACAAUGAUGGCCCAGAGAAUUUGUUUUCAUUGCCGAAUGAUAAUGGCUCCCGGGGUUUGGACACAUUGCAAUUUGCUGAUGAGAACUCAGAACAGGAUCUACUGCUGGAUGUGCCAUAUAACAGCUCUUUCCCACAAGCUGAACUCCUCCCGCCUUCAAAUUUUGCUAUGCAAGCAAGUACCAGUAGUAAUUCAGUAUAUCCACAUCUUGCUCGUCCCUGAGGGCAUGCUUCCCACCGACCUUUCUCUAUUCUCCAAGGCAGUUUUGUUUCCUCCGUCUUGCAAACCGGGUGCAAAUGAGGUUUGAUAAUUGCCUCCUCUUUCCCUCGUUUCUAUUUCCUCAACCUACACGUAACUCAAACCGAAAAGGGAUGGACAUAUCCCUGGUCUUUUUUGGUAUAGGUUGACAGAAGAUUGUAAUAUAUAGCAGAAAAAUGAUAAUGUGAAGAGCUUAUGCUUGCUGGGAAACUGCUGACUUGUGACAUAAUUUUCAUUUGGCAAGAAAUCAGCACUUGGAACAGAGUACUUUCCUAAAAUUUAUAAACGGCAAUCAACAAAACUGUGUGGCGUGUGCAGGAAUGAGAUUGGACAUUUUGAUCUUUGUUGUAUGGAGCACGUGAAUUUUUCAAACAUUUGGUAUGAUUAUAAUUAAAUAAGUAAUCGUUAUCAUUGUUGGACUAAAGCCAACUCAAGAUUGUAUAUUUUGGAGAGUGAGAGACUUAUUUUUGAA